AUGUGCACCAGAUCGGACGACGUGGACUUCUGCUGCUUCCAGUUCUCCCAGUUCGGGAAGGGCCUGAUCAAGCGGUGCCGGACCAGCCCCGACGCCUUCAUCCAGAUCUCCCUGCAGCUGGCCCACUUCCGCGACAAGGGCUGCUUCUGCCUCACCUACGAGGCGUCCAUGACGCGGCUCUUCCGGGAGGGCCGUACAGAGACGGUCAGGUCCUGCACCGCCGAGUCGACAGCCUUCGUGCGGAGCUUGGGGGACGCCAGGCAGAGCCGGGCCGAGCGCCAGCGGCUCUUCAAGCUGGCGGCCGGGAAAAAGAAAUCAGUCAGAGACCUUACUAGCACAAGGCGAAACUGGGAAUGGUCAGACGGCACCAAGCUGGAUUACGGCUCCUGGUACAGGGAUGUCUUCCUGCGGCGGAGAGCCUGCGUGGCGCUGGAGGACACCACAGAUUUUGCCACCUGGGACGUGGAGCUCUGCAGCGACAGGAAACCCUUCAUCUGCGAGUACCGCACCUAG